CCUUCGCCGCGCUCCUCCGGGUACUGGGAAGAUGGCGAAGGUCACGGAGCGUUUCGAUGUGACUUGGGAAGAAAUGCGAGACAAAAUGAGAAAAUGGAGAGAAGAAAACUCACGAAAUAGUGAGCAAAUUGUGGAAGUCGGAGAAGAAUUGAUUAAUGAUUAUGCUUCUAAACUUGGGGAUGAUAUUUGGAUUAUCUAUGAGCAGGUGAUGAUUGCAGCUCUAGACUAUGGUCGGGAUGACCUGGCAUUGUUUUGUCUUCAGGAGUUAAGGAGACAGUUCCCAGGCAGUCACAGAGUCAAGAGGUUAACAGGCAUGAGAUUUGAAGCCAUGGAAAGGUAUGAUGAUGCUAUACAACUAUAUGAUCGGAUUUUACAAGAAGACCCAACUAACACUGCUGCAAGAAAGCGUAAGAUUGCCAUUCGAAAAGCCCAAGGGAAAAAUGUGGAGGCCAUUCGGGAGCUGAAUGAGUAUCUGGAACAAUUUGUUGGUGACCAAGAAGCCUGGCAUGAGCUUGCAGAACUUUAUAUCAAUGAACAUGACUAUGCAAAAGCAGCCUUUUGUUUAGAGGAGCUUAUGAUGACGAAUCCACACAAUCACUUACACUGUCAGCAGUAUGCUGAGGUUAAAUAUACCCAAGGUGGACUUGAAAACCUGGAACUUUCAAGAAAGUAUUUUGCACAGGCACUGAAACUGAACAACAGAAAUAUGAGAGCUCUGUUUGGGCUUUACAUGGCUGCAAGUCAUAUUGCUUCUAACCCAAAAGCAAGUGCAAAAAUAAAAAAAGAUAACAUGAAAUAUGCUAGUUGGGCAGCUAGUCAAAUCAACAGAGCUUAUCAGUUUGCAGGUCGAAAUAAGAAGGAAACCAAAUACUCUCUUAAGGCAGUUGAAGACAUGUUGGAAACAUUGCAGAUCACUCAGUCUUAAGGUUUCAAAACCUCUUUGACGUUAGAUUUCACAGCUGCAGAAUUGAACUUUUUGGCCUGUGACUUAUUCACUAAAUGUCCAAUGCUAUUUAUGUUCUAAUUUUCUGUGAAGAAGGCAGUUAUAAAGAAUGUGUUUAUAUAAACCUAAAAUUGCCUUUGACUGCUAAGCAGGAAGAUGGAAACAGUCCAUGGAAGAAAGAUUUAAGACCUAUUGAUUGUAUAUCAAUCUCUUCAUAUCACAUGUAUAUUAUGACUGCUUUUAAACUGCAAUGUGAUACAGAAACACUCUUGUUAAAUAAACCAUAAUGAUUUAUUAAACUUGCA